AUGGGGCUGCCCGGAGCGCCGAGCCGCUGGAGUGCGCUUAGCUCCCGGGCGGUGGCCGCUGCCAGCAAGCCCCGGGAAGGAGCUGCCGGCCGGGCACUGCGAGAUCUGUGCCCCGUGCCCGCCGGGACCUCCUGCCCUGCGCCCCCGGACCCCUCCUGCCCCGUGCGCCCCUCGAGACCCCUCCUGCCCCGCGCCCCCGGACCCCUCCUGCCCUGCGCCCCGAGGAGCUGCCCGGGGUGUCUCCUGCCCGGGGACCUGCGCCUUGCGGGGUCUCUCGCUCCGGCUGUCAGGCUGGCUGGGGCUCCCGGGCACUCCGAGUCGCACAGCGCAGCAUGGCCCCUGGUCUUGGCACUUCCCGUCCCCCCGGGUCAGACUCCAGCUGCCCCGCUCCCCUCCGGCUCCGCAGCCCUCCCUGCCUCCGGGGAACAGCAGCCAGGCGGCGGCAGGAGCUCGCAGCGAUCCCACCCCCAGGACGGCUCCUCCUUCCCUUGGUGUCUGUCUGGGGAAUCGCAGGGGCCGCUGUGA